AUGGCGCCUAAGUCUGGAUACUGGAGAGACAACAAGUACACAAAUGUCUUUUGGAAGUGUCCGAACUCAGAUGCAUGCUUAGGCUCAACCAACCCAAACAAUAUCUCUUACACAGGUGAGUGUUCAGGCAGCUACAAAGGAAACAUGUGUCAGUCUUGUGAAUAUGGCUACUCAAAGACAGGCGAUGACACCUGCAGUCCUUGCCCAGACAAAGCCACAAACAGUAUGAGAAUUAUUGGGAUCUUCAUCGCGCUUAUUAUCCUUGGUGCAAUUAUGGUCAAAUCUACAAGAGACUCUGCCUUUGUCCCAAAGUCCCUGACUUCUGUGUAUAUCAAAAUCUUUAUGAACUACCUGCAGCUGGUCAUGCUUGUGACUACUAUUAACCUAAACUGGCCAAGUCUAGUCCUACAAGUCUUUUCAACACAAAACAGCGCUGGGUCAGUGAGUGACCAAGUCUUUUCCUUUGACUGCUUUUUACAAACCAGCGAAAGUGACCCAGACCAAUACUAUUUCAACGAGCUGAUACUUAUGAGUCUGAUGCCGAUCGGAAUAUCUCUACUUGCUCUGGUCAUUUGGGUUUUUAUCGACCUUAAGCGUAAAAGUUUCAAGGAUUUUACGAACGACUAUCUACCUGCAUUAUUUUGCUAUUUAUCGUGCACCCGAACAUUGUAA